AGCAGAUGCAAACUGAUUUAUUGGUUGAAGACUAAUCAUCUCUCACAUGAAAGUUACAAGCCACAAACGUGCAGAGAUAAAAGAUGGAGCCGAUGUUUUCUCUGCCUGAGAUCAUCCUAAGUGACAGAGAAGAGCCUGCUUCUACUCAGUCAGAAUCCCUUAACUUUUCCUCACAUUGCCACCAACUGGCUCCUGCUCCUCAAGAGGAGCCAGACAUCCACAGGUUGUCAGAUCCCUCCUUUCAGACAAGCCCAGUUGGACAGUUUUGUCAGCCAGAACCUUAUCCUGUGACGGGCGAAUCGGUGUUGCUGAGAACUCCCACGGUUGCAGACAUGCUCCAGAGGAGAGCCAACCCCGAUCACAGAGCAGACGCACUGUAUUGGACACAAAGGGACUCAAACCAGCAAUGUGUGCAGCAUCUGAUCCCAAGCUUGGCCGGCCCCAUCCAACCUCAAGCUCAGGACUGCCCCUCUUCCUUCACCGUCCUGCCUGGUGUGUGUCCCCAGACUUCACCCCCUGAUGCCAGGUUCCAACCUGGAUUCACACCACUUUUGCCGGAGAUCAUAGUCACCCCAGGUUGUAGUUCCUAUUUAUUGGUUCCUAUCAGCAGCCCGCCAGAGUGCUGCUGCAACGCAUGUUCGCCUCCUCAUUCUUGGCUCCUGCUGCCUGAGGUUCGUCCCAGCUGGUGCUCGUGUCCACAGGCGGUGCCCGUCCAUCAGCCCUGCAGUCCAGACCGGGUCUCGAGGAGAACGGCUCAGCGGGUCAGCAGGUGGCCGAUGUCGGGGACAGAGCAGACUGAAGAGCACAGCAAGUCGGAAGAAGAAGAGCAGAAAAAGAAUCUACCCAACAAUUACAAACUACAAGCAAACAACACAGACGAUAACAGAACAAAGUCCAAGGUUCCUCCUGGAUCUCUACCAUCUUCGGAGGAAGAAUCACUGGCAGAAGUCGACUUGGAGAAAUACAUGGCGGUCGUGGACUCCCUCAAGAUCCAAGAGGAUUGGUCAGGGGAGGCCAAAAACAAUGAAAAAGAGACGAAGCUGAAGAUAGAGAACGGUUCGUUUCUGGAGUAUCUGGAUGAACUGUGCAGUGAUGAGAACUUUGUCAGAGAGACUGGUUCGACACUGAAUGCAGAGUACCUGGAUUUCCUGCUUUCUUCAGACCCAGAGCUCAUUGACCUUUCACUGAAAAAACAAGACCAAGAGGUGGGGUCGACGCUGAAUACAGAGUACCUGAAUCCCCCCCUUCCUUCAGAUCCAGAUCCCAUUGACCUAGUGUUACGAGAGAUUUUGGAAGUGCUCCAGCAAAAGAUGUCAUAUCAAUCUCCAGCUGACUCCAGCAGAGUCACUCCUGUAACCCAUGAAACGUCUCCGGGGGCUUCACGUGUCCAGGAAACUGCACCUCUCCCAAAUGCUCAACCCCCCAUUUUGGAUCCUCCAUGCUCACAGUCUGACACAAAUCCAAACCACGAUGGACAUAAUCCACCUCUGAGCAACGAAGGGCCAAAGGAAGGUCGGUCGAGCUGUUCUCCCCUCCUUCCUUCGCUCCUUCUGGAAGAACCACUGCCAACUGAUGCCACACUCAGAUACAAUAACCCUGUUAAUGCCUCGUCUCCUCUUAACCUCAAUGGCUCCCUUACUUCACCACAGCAGAUGCUUGCCAAUCUCUUCCCAGGCCCCAGUCUUUAUUCUGAUUUGGAGGCAAGAGACAAUGAUGCAUUGGUAGAGGUACCUGGGACCACAGGGGAUGAGUCAGAAGAAGCCUCAACGUCCCUCUCAAACCUUGGAGACACGCAGUCGGCUCAGGCAUCCCAAACGCUUCAGGAAGGACCUCUAGCUGUGGAUCCUCCCGGCUCUGAGUCCCCCCCAACCUCUGGUGUUUCAGGGUCCAACGAGGACCCUCGUACGAUUGUCACCACGGAUCAUGGUCCUAGUUUCAGAGCUGAUUUGUUGACUGUCGGCGCACCGCAUCCAGCGGACCCUCCGGCUCCGACGGCCCUGGUUUUGAAAACGCUUCCUUGCCCACUGCCUCAGAUAAGAAGACCUGAGGAUAAAUGUAGCCCCAAAAGCAUUUACCCAAAGUCCUCUUGUCUCGCGGCAAUUGCUGCGCCAGCUAAUUCGCCUUUCUUGGCAGAUCCCUACGCAAACUCUUGUUAUCCCCCAGUUGAUAUGUCAGACUCUGUGCCUGAAAAACAGACAGUAGAGCCACCCAAAGAAUUGCAACUUUCUGAAGACCUAGCAUCCUCCGAGCUCAGGGAGACAGCAGCGACACAAAAGCAAACAGCUUCAAGAGAAGAAGGGAUGACUAAGACAUUUGAAAGGAAGAAAGAGAAGAAGACCAAACCCAAGGGAACAACAAACAUUAGACAAAGUCAGAGGCUGUCAGGUAAAAUGGAAAAAGCAAGACCGAGUGGUGAAUUCACAAUAGAGAAAGCAGAGGAGAAGAAACCACGUGAAAAGAGCGUUAAGAAAACCGCUAAAUUCACCCAAGAGAGGAACAGGCUGGUUUAUGGAAAACAGAAGAGACUGUCCUCAGGAGGAAGGCAAUUAUUUAAAAAAGAGGAGAGUCAUUUUGAAGAGUUGAGCCAAGCGACAAAAACAGCAGAUACAGCCGAGCAAUUUUCAGAGAUUGGAGAGAAGGUACAACGUCAAAGACUCACAGGGGAGAGGAGAGAGAAACUCGAGGUGGAGGGAGGAGAACAGAGCAAGACCGGUAACCCCAACGUGAGCACAGAAAUACCCCCUUUAACCAAAAUGCCACCAGAAGAGAACGAGCUGGUUGAGAGAAGAAAAGAGGAGGGGAUUCAAAUGUCCAGUUUUGUAAAGAGAAGAACCUGGAGCAUGGCGACGGAGGAAAAAGUGCAGCUGAGAGGGGAAAUCAAACACUCCGCAAUGGAGAGAAGCGAGAUGAAGUCCUCCCCUAAGAGAGAAAUGCAGGAGGAGGACAAACUGGAAGUAAACGUGAAGGAGGAUCCAACUGUACAAAAGAUCCUGCCAGUUCCAAGUCCGACAAAAAGAAGCAGAAACAGGAGAGACAAAGGGGAGAGUAGGGAGCAGGCUGGCAAUGCUACUAACACAAAUUCAACAUGUUGCAAGACCAACAAGGUGGACAAGCUUCCCACACCCAAAUCUUCUCUGCAGAGCCCAAAAGUUCAGACAGACACUCAUUCAACAAGAGACUCAAUUUACAGCUUAAGGUCACAAAUUGGGUCAAAAAGGCCAGUACAUAAUAGGCUAGGAAUUCAAGAGAACAAGGCAGCCAAGGCUGCACAUCAACCGUCUAACCCCAAGCCAACAGCAGCUGCGAAAGACGAAAGUGUAAAUGUAGAAGAGGCAGAACGCCCAAGCGCCACGCUGAGUCCGACGAAAAGAUACCGGCAUGAACGUGGUGAUGCUGAAAGAGGGAGGGAGACGAAGGUAAACGAGACGGACAAGGCGGAGAUUGAAACCGAAAUGAUCCGUUUAAGUCCGAUGAAAAGAGGAAGGCGGCAGGGAAGAGUGGAGGCAAAUACAGGCCGAGACCAAAAGCAGAAGGUAACAGCGAAGGAAAAAAGGUAAAGAAGGGCGCCAGAGACAAAGAUGGGACGGAAACAUCUGGCCCUUACCCUCAACAAUAAGUAGUAUGAAGGCUAAGGACGGACGGAUUUCAAAUGCAUCAGCUGGACAGGACGCUUUUAAGUG